GAAUUUUAAUAGAUAAUUAUUGCUAUAUUCUUUAUUAUUUUCUUCUACAAAAAAUAAGGGAGUACCAAAGGAUUUGCAAUGAGAGAUAAUUUUUUAAUUAUUUCGCUUCCGUACCAUCCACAAUGCACUGACCAAUCAACAUCAGCACAGUUUGACUUUUUUACUCGUAAAAUGAAUCUACUCGAUCAACCUUUUCAUUAUUUUUCAACUCCGAUGCUAAAAAUUGGAACAUUGGAUUCAUUGAUAGAAGCUAGCGACAAGCUCAUAAAACUUGAUACCCAAAUGGAAGCUUCUGUUCAGAGAUUGAUUGGGUUCAUGGAGGAAAUAUCCGGAAAGCCAAGUAAUGUUGUUACGACAUUUCGGAUUAAUCAGGCACAAGAAAUGUCCCCUUCUGGUUAUAUAAAAAAUUUCAUAUGGAGUACCCAGCAGUUUGAUCCACAGGAUAGUAUUAUAUUCUUGAUUGAUAAGCUUGAGAAAAUUAACCACUCAGCUGAGGAACGAGUGCGCGCAAAGUUAACAGAGUACAAUGAUUUGCGCAACAAAAUAUUAGCAGUGAAUAAAAAACUCGAUGGUAAUCUUUCAAUACGUCCGAUAAGUGAGUUUAUUGAUCAAUAUAAUUCAAAGUGUCAAUUUUUUGUUGAAACAGACCUCCUCAUUACUGUGUUCAUUGCGGUUCCUGUGUCCUUACAAAAGGAAUGGUUGCAAGAAUACUGGAAAAUGAAUGAAUAUGUUUGCCCACAAUCCAAUCAUGUUAUCGCCGAGGACAAGGAGUAUGUUUUAAAUAGUGUUGUGGUUUUUCGAAAGGUAGCUGACGACUUCAAAAGUGCAUGUCGCAAAAAGCGUUAUGUUACGCGAGAUAUCCUUAAAGACAACGACUUUUCUCCGUCUGAACUGAAAGAUGCGCAACAAAUAGAAGAAAGGAAGAAAAAGACAAUCUAUUCUCUCAUUUGGCAACAGUAUUGCGUUUGUUUUGUUGCAUGGGUACAUCUGAAGGCAAUGCGAAUCUUUGUUGAGUCAGUACUAAGGUAUGGGCUUCCAGCCCUUUUUAUUUCAUUCGUUAUAGAUGUUUCCUCUGAUAAAGAGUCAGAAGUCCGUAAGCGUAUUGUUCAACUUUACCCAGAAUUUUCUAAACAAUUAGAAAUCGACUCCGUGCUAAAUGUUGGUGCUUUACAGCAAGAGUAUCCUUAUGUGUCUCUUAAAGUGACUAACAUCCAGAAGUAA